GUAGCGCGUUUGAGAUGAAGGAACAACCCUAGACACAGUAACGCCGCCGCCUCAUGAAAACAUCGCCGCGAACAUAGCAAGCGUAGGUUUGGAUCAAAAUUUACGGUUCCGAUUCCAUUUCACGUCUUCGGCUUAAAGGAAGGAAUGGAUCUUGAUUUAGGGUCUUCAGGGAUCGAUGGUGUUGAUUCGGUGUCUUUUGGGAUGAAUGUCAUGUCAGGGUAUCCAUCAAAGAAACUGAAAACUGGUGAGGAGCAAGUAAACUUUGACAGAAUGCCCUUGUUGUCCUGCAUCUGCAAGAUGGAUUACCUUCUUCGAACUUUUGGGGAUAAGGUGAAAUUUGACCAGGAAACGGUUUCUGGCAAAUACAUCCUCUUUUACUGUUUCUUCUAUCAACUUUCUCCAGUCGAUGUGAUGCAUGGGUACUCCCCUAUGGAUCUCUUUAAGCUAUGUGCUGAUCUGUAUUCUGUUCGAGACGAUUUUGAGAUGGUAGUUGUUCCAAAGCCCGGUGUAGAAGACAAAUAUGACUUAUGUUUGAAAGCAUUCUUCUCUUUUGUUCCCACUUACUCUCUUGUUGUACCAACCAAGGAGUCACAUCGUCGUAACUUCAUGUGUGACUGCCUCGGCUUGGUUUAUCCGGGUACUUUUAAAUGCCUCCUUGUGAAUGUCAAGAAAGGCAUUGUGGUCCAUGGAGGUUUUGACUCCAUGUUGCAUCUUGCAGAGCAUCUUCAGAAACUACAAAAAGAGAGUUCAUUCGACUGCCUGCGCUCUUAUGAAAGGAUUUUUAAAACACUAUGGCUUGUGAUUCCCAAAGAGCAGAAAAAUCCAUUCCCACCUAUACAAGCAUGUCCUAUAGCCAAUAAAUUGAUGGGUGUGAAACUUGAAUAUGGACUAUGGAGAUCAUAUCAAUGAGAUGGUUUCUGAAUAAAAAAAGUUAUCUCCCAUCAAGAUUGGUCAGUCUUUUGAUGUUAUCUCCUUUUUGUCUGGUAAGGAUGAUAUGAAUUACCUUUGUCGUAAUGAUGGUAAGACCAGGAGAGUUGAAAUUGGUAACAUACAUUUAGUGGAAAAUACAUUCUGGAUUGUUGUUUUCACUUUCCUGUCUUCCGCCAAGAGUUUAAUGCACGUCGUGCCCAGGCUAUAGCAACUGCAUGCUCCGAGCUGUAUUCCUCGAGAAGCGACUUUGAGAUGGUAGUAGUUGCAAAGAUGAACCAAUUGGCCAAUCACGAGGUGUUUUUCAAUCAUUUCAUGUCGGGAUUCCCCCCUUCAUGUCUAGUAGUACCAUUCCAGCAUUCAGAGCACUGUGAUUUUAUAUGCAAAACCUUGACCUCGCAGCAUCUGAAUGUGAUGAUAUAAAAUGUCUCAUUUUAACUAAGGAUACGGAUAUCAAGAGAAAUAUUUUAUAUUGUGAAUAUCCCUACUUUGCCCUUGACCAUGGUGCCGAUGCGUUUCCUUUUGCUGACAAGAAAUUGCGUGAGGUUAG